AGUACUUCAAUUUAAUAGCUCUCAAGGUUCUGCAACAGAGAAAAACAGAGCAAAAUCGUCAACAAUGGCAGGGACUCGAAUCUCUCUGCAGCCAACCCACCAACCAAACCCGACUCUAGAUCGUCUCUUCACAGCCAUUGACCCCAAAUCUCUCAUCCUCUCUCAGUUCUCCACCUCUGAUAAACCACCCCAGCUUCUCCAACUUACAACAGAGAGCUUCAUCAUGGAGAGAGGACCCAGAUACAAAGCGUAUGCCGAUCUCAGAGAAUCAAAGUUGAGAACGAAGAACAUGAAACACCCACCCCAAGAACCAGAAUCGGACCUGACCCCACCGAGGAAACAAGUCAAAUUUAAUGGGAAUCUCGCAACACCACCCAGUGGGCGAAAAAAGUCAUCUGUUCUAACUCAAUCGGUGCCUGAUUUUUCGUCAGCUUUGCGAAAAGAAAACCGAAAGCCUGUGAAUUUGUUGCCGGCGAUGAUGGAGAAGUCGGUGACUCCACCGACGGGUUCAAAAUAUGGAAAAUUGAGUGGCAGUAAGUCAGCGAAUUCGGGGGAGAAAAGGAGUGGGGGUUUGAUGGCAAGGAAGAGCUAUGCGAGUAUGGAGGAAUUGAAGGGAUUUUCUUUGGCAGCAGCGAAUGCCAUUAAUGGAGGAAAGAGUGGUAGAGGGGCUGGCAAGGCUGUGUUGGGAUGCAGACAACAGAGAGUUUGAGAGUGGCUUUAUUAAAAAGAAUUUACUUUUAUUUUUCUAUUCAUAGAAAUAUUUCUUGGUGUUUGAAAUCUUAUAAGCGUUGCUUUCAAUAUCAUUCAUUGUAACAUACUGGGAAGUCUUAUGCUGUGAUUUUCUGAUGAAGAAUUUGAUUUUUCAAUCGUCUUUUUCUGAGUAUUUUCUGUUGGGCUAAUAUCAUUUUAAACUCUCCUGAGGUAUUUUAAUUCUCACUUUGUACAUUUAAUAUUACGAAUUGAUACUAAUAUGAAU